GUGGCACAGCGGGAGAUUGCCAAUAAGUCCCGCUUGCCUUUUCCAAGUCGAUUUAAUGGCAAGAUAUCAAUCUAGGCACAAGCCGGACGCGAUACGUAAAACACCCACCGAAGUGGACUCCAUGACGGGGCUCCAACCCAACGCCCUAACGCCCGGGAUUUGGAAGUCUCCCUGUGGACUGUGGUGGACCUGCCGCCGAAGCUCGCCCGCCAAUCAUCGUGGGGUCAAUUCAAAGUGGUCCAAAGACGCUGAAGCUCGGAAUUCUCUCAGAUUCUUUCCGUAAUGCCGACCCGUUUUCCUUCCUCGCCUCUGUCUCCCUUUUAUGUCAUAGCCGCGGGUUGUUUUAUCUGGACUCUGCUUGCUUUUCUUUCCCAUUCUUACCCUGCUCCCUUUCCAACAACCGACCUUUUGACAUCCAAAGGUGAAUAGUCCGAGGCGGAAGCCGAGCUAUCAGAGCCAUCAGAACCACGCCCGGCUGGCGAGAUAAGAAGCCACUGAUACCCCACCGCUCGGCGCCGGCUGACACGAAGCUUCUCCCUGCCCAGAAUGGCGUCCACCUCCCGUCAGUUCCUCCGCGCCGCUAGCCGGACCACGGCUCGCGGCACCUUCUCCACCAGCGCCCGCACCGCCGGUCGCCGCUUCUACUCGUCCGAGGCCCCCAAGGCAGCCCCCAAGGCAGAGCUCCCCAAGCCCGCGAGCGGCGGCUCCUCCUGGAUCUGGCUGGCCGGUGGCGCCGCUGCCGUCGGCGGCCUGGGACUCUGGUACACCCAGCAGGGCCCCGCCAAGCUCACCAAGCCCGAGUUCAAGGACUAUCAGGCCGUCUAUGACGAGGUCGCCAAGCUCCUGCAGGAGAAGGACGACUACGAGGACGGCAGCUACGGCCCCAUCCUCGUCCGCCUCGCCUGGCACGCCAGCGGCACCUACGACAAGGAGACCGGCACCGGCGGCAGCAACGGCGCCACCAUGCGCUUCGCCCCCGAGGGCGACCACGGCGCCAACGCUGGCCUGAAGACGGCCCGGGACUUCCUCGAGCCCGUCAAAGCCAAGUUCCCCUGGAUCACGCACUCGGACCUGUGGAUCCUGUCGGGCGUCUGCGCCAUCCAGGAGAUGCUGGGCCCCAAGGUCCCCUUCCGGCCCGGCCGCUCCGACAAGGACAUGGCCGCCUGCACCCCCGACGGCCGCCUCCCCGACGCUACCCAGGGCGCCGACCACCUGAGGAACAUCUUCUACCGCAUGGGCUUCAACGACCAGGAGAUUGUGGCCCUGUCGGGCGGCCACGCCCUCGGCCGCUGCCACACGGACCGCAGCGGCUUCGACGGCCCGUGGACCUUCUCGCCCACCGUCCUGACCAACGACUUCUACAAGCUGCUGCUCGAGGAGAAGUGGGACUGGAAGAAGUGGAACGGCCCCAAGCAGUACGUCGACAAGAAGACCAAGACCCUGAUGAUGCUGCCCACCGACAUGGUGCUCAUCCAGGACAAGCAGUUCCUGCCGUGGGUCAAGAAGUACGCUGCCGACAGCGACCUGUUCUUCAAGGACUUCUCCAACGUCGUCCUCAAGCUCUUUGAGCUUGGCGUGCCUUUUGCCCAGAGCAGCGAGAACCAGAGGUGGGUCUUCAAGUCGAGCAGCGAGUAAAUCGGUUACUGCGCGCGUGACGUGAUUUGAGAGAGUCUAUGAUUGUUGUAAAUUAGGUGCACGUAACAUCGUAGAGCUAGAGUUGGCGCAUGAGCGGAGGUUGCGUCUAGUCGGAUACCCCGGAUAUGAUUGAAGAGUUGGGAUAGAGGGAGUCCUUUUUUUUUCGUGCCGGUUGGGCUGGUGAUAGAAGGCACCAAAGACGCAUUGCGAGAAUACAGUCGAAAGCGUAAACAAUCUCGAGGAAGGUGUGAACAGGGUUUAGAUGAGGGGAAACCAUGGGUUAAAUACUCCUCCGCACCGUCCAGGACGUCAUUUCCUGGUUGGCUUUUCGGGCCAGGCCUCGACGGCGGGCUUGUUCCCCCGCAUUUCAAAGGCCCCCCUGCUUCCCCGACCACGUCUGGCCAAUCCCCCGCUUGGUCUUGGGUUGGUUGGUCAUGAUGAAACGACAGCUGCUGGGGUUACUUGGUGCAUUGCGAGCCAGAUGUAAUUGUGUGAACACCAUGUCCUUUCUAUCUUCACCUUGGCGAAGAAGUGACACAUGUGGAUGAAGGGAGGGGUACAUCAAUUCAGUGAGGCCAAAUGCCCUUGCUACAAUGCUUGCCAGGUACCUUGACUGUAUGUAUGUGUAGGC